AUGUCAGGACCACAAAAGCUGAGCGAUUCCAAACGAAAGGUGUGGAGCAGAAGUGAAGGCAAAUGCCAUACUCAAUACUCGGGGUAUCUCUCACUGUUUUUGAUGUCCUCGGAGAAAAUUCCAACAGAAAAUGGUAUGUCUUACGAAGAUUUGCAUCGUGAUCUCGAUCUUCCCGCAAAAUAUCCCUCGCUUGACUCUCCAAUCGGGAUACAACUGCGAGUGCUGACACUCAAUGUUUGGUGCCUUCCGCAGCCAUGGCCGAUUGGAAGCAAAGACAGGAAAUUUCGAUUAAAAAAAUUGGCUGAGGCAAUUCUUAGAGAAAAUUAUGAUAUAGUAGGACUACAGGAGGUAUGGGUAGAAACUGACUAUCUGGAUAUGGUCGAUAGGCUUUCCAGUUCUUUUGCAUUUCAUCAUUAUUUCCACUCAGGAUUUACAGGAAGUGGAGUAUGUGUAUUCAGCCGUCAUCCCAUUGUUUCAACGCUUACGCUCAGAUACUCACUGAACGGUUUUGCUCAUCAUGUUCAUCGAGGAGACUGGUUCGGUGGCAAGGUGGUAGGAUUAGUGGAAAUAGAGGUUGGUGAGAUGAAAGUGAAUUUUUAUUGCACUCACCUUCAUGCCGAGUACGAUAGAGAACAUGAUAUGUAUCUAUCUCACCGGACUGCACAGUCCUAUGAACUAAGCCAGUUUGUCCGUCAUACCUCUUGUGGAGCCGAUGUUGUUAUAGUAACAGGCGAUUUGAACAUGGAACCGGAGGAUUUAGGGCUAAGGUUAAUCCUUUCACAAGCUCGCCUUCUUGAUUGUUGGCGUCUUGCACAUCCCGUUUCCCCUCAAGACAAUGUCUCGCUGUCGAAAAAUCGAGGCGUUGAGCGCGGUGGCACGUGUGAUCGUCCUGACAAUUGCUAUUCCUCUAAAUAUUUUAGAGAAAAUGAUGAAAGCAAAAGAAUAGAUUAUAUAUUAUUCAAAAGUGGUCGUAUGUCUGUCUCGUUAGAGGAAUGCGAAGUGACAAUGAAUAAGAUCCCCGAUGAAAACAUAAACUUUUCCGACCAUGUGGGGCUACAAGCACAGUUUAGAGUAGAAUGCGGGCAGCGCCAGUCUCCAUGCGAAUGGGAGUCAAACCGGCCACUGCUGAUUGAAGCGAUCGGCAUCGUUACGGGCGGACAACGCCGUGCUCGCCGCGACCGAAUAUGGUUCGUUUGCAGUGCGAUAGUGUUAUUCAUCAUUAUCGGUCUGUCUCUACUCCUGGAUAACGCUUUCCCAGCCUUCACGAUACUGUUUUCGGCCCUCAGGUUCAUCCUCACUGUUUUAAUGGCGUUCUGCCUAUGGCAAGGAGUGAUUGGAUUAACCCUUGAGCGAAAAGCCCUCAAGGCUGCCAAGCAGUCAAUGCAGCAGUUACUGAACGAUUGAGGAAAGUACAAUGAAUUUAACGUGUUUACUGUCCAUAAUUCCAAUCUAGGCGCGGAAUGUGUUUGUAUAGUAUAUUGUUGUUUUGUGCAUAUGUACUGCGAGCGUCACUCAUUAGAAAAUUCUCUUGCAUUGGGAGAAUUGUGCACGAGAAUAGAUUACCAUUGCUAUAUUUUACUUAAUACAGGUAGCUAAAGCCAUUUCAACCUUAUUAAUGUGGUACUAUGAGUGACAAAUGACAAAUGUGCAGUUUUUGUUCAUUUAGGCAUCCUGUGAUACUUACUUUAUAGAAUUUGAUAUUAUAGGGGGUGAAUUGAGGUAUUGUCUCAUUGUCUAUAAAUUUCUUUGUGC